AUGCUCUUAUCAGGACUCCUUGCAUUAUCAUUCUUCGAUGCGAAUCAUGCAAUAAGUACGCUUUGUUGUAGGAAGUGGAUAAAACUACCAAAAGCAUUACAAUUGUUGUCGAAAAACGCCAACAAUCUUUACACGUUAGACAAGAUUUAUGAUCUUAAAGCUUCUACCCACAUGCUCACCUUGAGACUCAAAAUAGUUCAUGCCACCAUUGCUAAUCGGUUGUCGAUUGAUGACAACAUAGACGCCCCUGCAACCAAAUUUGCCGAUCUUGGUGUUGAUUCUCUGGACACUGUUGAGAUUAUGAUGGCCUUGAAAGAAAAGUUUGGAGUAUCAAUUGGUGAAGGUGGAGCUUAA